AUGGUACUUUCUGACCAAAUUGCAAAAACUGGAAGACAUGCUAUAAAGUUUACAACAAUUCUUCCGCUCGAUUCUUUCGAAUCCGUACUUUCUGGUGUCCUUCGUAUCGUUGCUCAGCAUAAUGGCCCUUUUGUAUGGCUUCCCUCCACUGCUAUCGGUUCGAACUCCGUCGCCUCUUUACCUGUUACCGCCCACCUGGCACCAGAGAUUUCCCCACUUUCUAGCAAUUCCAGCUCUUCCUCCACUUCUGCUUUUCUUACUGGCCCGUUGGGCUCAGGCGCCACGAGCCUCUCACCGAGUCAAGAAGUGGGCCUUGGACACUCAAAUGGAGUUGGAUGA